UUUAAACUACAAGUGCAUACCACAGAGUUCGAAAUCAGUCAUAAAACAUUUAAACAAUUGUUACACAUUCAUAUCUAUGUGUAUACGUGCAUAGAAUACAUCCCCACUUUUGGCACUAUUUUGUUAGUGAACAGUACAACUGUGUGUAAAGUAUAAAGUGUAUCACUACGCUGAACGUCGAGUCCGUGUAACAUGAAAAGUAAAUAAACACGUAAACAAUAACAAUGGCUUUAAUAUUGGUUGCCUAUCCCAUUAGAACCCAAAAACUACACAUAACAUGGUGGCAGCGGUAAAUAAUUAAUCGGAAACUGUGCCUUUACAACAAAACAGAAACACAACGAACCAGGAAUUUAACAAACAAAACAUCGCUCGUCUUCGGACAACACGAGGAUCCAACAUGGCGACCCCCGUCGCCGUACAGAUGAAUCUACAUCCGAUCAUGAACUGGGACUUGCAUGAUGUCUUAGAAGCAUUUAAGAAAUUCAAACAGAAAACUCAACUAGCUUUCAAAAGUUUCCUGAAAGGCACAACUGACGAUUAGAAGAAUAACUGAUGAUAUUGGCAGAAAAGGAAUUUUUAUAUCUGACAUCUUCCUUAUUCAUCUUCUUUGAUAGACUAAAGGAAGCUGUUAUACAGAAGAGGUAUAACCAUGUUUAUAUAAAUUGGUGAUGAAUUAUAGUGAAACGUUUCCUCUCUAUGAGAUUGUCAUCAACAUUUCUCACAUUCACUGCUUAAUAUUUGUAGCAGAUUAAUUUCAUUUGAAAUAAGCUUGGAUUAAAUUACAAAGACACUUUCUGCACCUUCAGAUAUCAGCAAAGAUAAAAGUUGAUAAAAAUAUAACAAAACAAACUGCUGGUACGUGUAAGUUAUAAAAUGAGAAAUAAGAAAAAUAUUCCUACAGAGUAGUGAGAGCCAAAAAUUAUGGAAGAUUUAAUUACAUAAGAAAGUUUGAGAGUUGAUUUUCUUUUUCUUAAUGCCCUUAACAUUGAAACCAGCCAUACCCUGCCUAUAUAUUCUGACUAUUUUACAAUCAGUACAACAAGAUUUGGCCUAUCAUACCUACCCUGCAAUGCCACUCUCAAAAAAAUCACAUCUUUGAAGUUGCAAACCUAUGAGAUAAUGCAGGUUUAAUUCAAAACAACUUGAAUAAAAAUAGAAUUACAAAUAGCAGAGUAAUUUGAAUACUAAAAGGUUUAAAAGAUGCCGAAAGAGGUAGGGAAAACACCAUACCAAUGUGAUAUGUGUCAAAAAUCGUUCUCUCAAGAACAUCACCUUACAACUCACAAAUAUAUUCACACAGGAGAAAAACCAUAUUACUGUGAUAUCUGUGGUAAAACAUUUCGUCAGAAUGUACACUUAAUUGUCCACAAACGUAUUCAUACAGGAGAAAAACCAUAUCACUGUGACACCUGUGGUAAAUCAUUCGCUACGAAAACAAACUUAAUUCGACACAAGCUUAUUCAUACAAGAGAGAAACAGAAUCACUUUGAUGUUUGUCGUAAAUCAUUUCCUUGGCAUGCCAGUGUAGAUAAAGACAAUCGCACACAUACGGGGAUGAAACCUUAUCGCUGUGAUAUCUGUGGUAAAUCAUUCUCUCGGAGUGGUAACUUAGCUAGACACAAGCACAUUCAUACGGGAGAGAAGCCAUAUUGCUGUGAUAUCUGUGGCAAAUCGUUCUCUCAGAAUGGUCACUUAGCUAGGCACAAUCGCAUUCAUACAGGAGAAAAACCAUAUUCCUGCGAUAUCUGUGGAAAAUCAUUCUCUCACAAAACUAACUUGGCUCAGCACCAUCACAUUCAUUCAGAAGAGAAGACAUUUCGAUGUGAUAUCUGUGGUAAAUCCUUCUCUCGGAAUGACCACUUAGUUGUGCACAAUCGCAUUCAUACAGGAGAGAAGCCAUAUCGCUGUGAUAUCUGUGGUAAAUUCUUCUCUCGGAAUGAGCUAUUAGCUACGCACAAUCGCAUUCAUACAGGAGAGAAGCCAUAUUGCUGUGGCAUCUGUGGUAAAUCAUUCUCUCAGAAUCAGCACUUAGCUAAGCACUAUCGUAUUCAUACAGGGGAGAAACCUUAUCACUGUGAUAUCUGUGGUAAAUCAUUUCCUUGGCGUGCCAAUUUAGCUAAACACAGUCACAUACAUACAGGGGAGAAACAUUAUCACUGUGAUAUCUGUGGUAAAUCAUUUGCUUUGAGUGAUAGCUUAGCUAAACACUGUCGCAUACAUACAGGAGAGAAGCCAUAUCGCUGUGAUAUCUGUGGUAAAUCAUUCUCUCAGAAUUAUCACUUAACUGCACACAAUCGCAUUCAUACAGGAGAGGAGCCGUAUUGCUGUGAUAUCUGUGGUAAAUCAUUCUCCCAGAGUAAUAGUCUGGCUAAGCACAAUCACAUUCAUACUGGAAAGAAACCAUAUUGUUGUGAUAUCUGUGGUAAAUCAUUCUCCCGCAGUGAUCACUUAGCUAAACACUAUCGUAUUCAUACAGGGGAGAAGCCAUAUUGUUGUGAUAUCUGUGGUAAAUCAUUCUCUCAGAAUUAUCACUUAACUAAACACAAUCGCAUUCAUACAGGAGAGAAGCCAUAUCCCUGUGAUAUCUGAAGUAAAUCAUUCUCUCAGAAUGAUAGCUUAGCUAAACACUGUCACAUUCAUACAGGAGAGAAGCCAUAUUGCUCUGAUAUCUGUGGUAAAUCAUUCUCUCAGAAUUAUCACUUAACUAAACACAAUCGCAUUCAUACAGGAGAGAAACCGUAUCAAUGUGAUAUCUGUGGUAAAUCGUUCUCUCAGAAUGAUUGCUUAGGUAAGCACAGUCAAUUUUAUUCAGAAGAGAAAAUAUUUCAAGCCUUCUACCUAGAGCAGCAAAUUUUUUUAUGUCAGUUUAACAUGUAUUUUAUUGUAUAAAAAAAAGUUCUUUAAGCAAAAUUUGGGUGAACUGACGAACUAUAAGCCAUAUAUAAACAAAUAUAUUGUUUCAUUUUCCCUGAGUUUUUUAUUGUUGUGCAAAUGUAAGUCUUCUUUGUUUAACUAAUUCUUGAGCUUCAGAUAUUUUACUCUCUUUAAGAAAGAAUUACAUUUUCAAUAAUAUCAUAUCAAAAACAAGGUUAAAAGGAAAAAAAUCCAGAAUCCAUAGGCCAUGGUGCUCCAUAUAUGACUGAAAGACUUCCUCAGGUGGUGCUAUUAAGUUACACAUGGCCCAGGCCUUACUGGCUGGAUCCUAUUAGAGUUAUCAACAUUAUUGGGAAUUUGUGAGUUUGAGUAAAGUAGUUUCACCAACCUCUCAAAUUUUAAUAGCAUUCCCAAGAAAAGUUAGUUUUGACCAUUGUAAGUAAUUAUAUCUUCACAUUUAUACCAUAAUAUUUAUUAAUAAAGUUUUUAGAAAAACUCA